AUGUCUGAUAACGAAACGACCGAAAAGUUCGAACCUGCAGUUUCGAGCCCGUUGCUAGAGCUCUCAGGUAUCGCGACCAACAUUCGUAUUCCGCCAAUAUGGCGCGACCAAAUAAGACUUUGGUUUGUGCAAUUUGAAUCCAUCGUCGCCCCCCUCAAGAAAGGCGACCAGGCAAUGUACGAACUCGCAAUAGCAAAACUAGAACGUCAGGAUUUGGACGAAGUAAGCGACAUUUUACUAAAACCACCUGAAACUAAAAAGUACGAAACCUUGAAAACCCGUUUGACUACCGUCUACGAGGAGUCUAAAGAACGUAGUCUGCAACGUCUUUUAUCCGAAAUGGAGCUCGGUGACUUAAAGCCAUCUCAGUUACUGCGUCGGAUGAAAACCCUCGCCGGUAGCAAUAUCUCCGAAACAGCUCUCCGUAUCCUGUGGUCCAAUCAUCUGCCUUUGUCCGUUCGAGCCGUCGUCGCCUCCAGCGAUACUAUUAUGAAAGACAUAAAUUUAAACGACAUAGCACUGAUGGCAGAUAAAAUUUUAGAACAGACACGUAAAGAAAUAUCCGCAAUUUCGGCACAGCCAUCCACUUCUACGACUUCUAGUGAAGCUCUUUCGCCGCAGAAAACGCUAGAAGACAAGCUGGACUAUCUCGUUCGUGAAGUCGCCGAGAUCAAGAUUCAACAGAAACAGUACCGUCGCAACACAUAUUCAGCUCCGCAAUUCAACGCUUCGCGAUUUAAUCGUCCGUAUUCUCGCACGCGCUCCAAUUUUCAAAAUCUCCAACCUUCCUCGAGCGACAUCUGUUUUUAUCACCGACGUUUCGGCGACUCAGCGUAUAAGUGCACCAUCCCCUGUAAUUUCAAGAAGAGCAAUAAUAAGGAAAACUUACCGGCGUUAGCUGAGGCGGGAACUAGCGCAUCGGAUAUUUCACACCGCCUGUUCGUUACUGAUCAAGACACCAAAAUUAAAUUCCUUAUUGACACUGGCGCAAAUAUUUCUGUCAUUCCAAAGCCUAAAGGAUUCCGUGGCCGUCCGACCUCCUUCAACCUUUAUGCAGCGAACAACAGCAUAAUACCUACUUUCGGCGAAAAGAUAUUGGACCUAGAUUUCAAUUUAAAACGUACAUUUAGAUGGAAGUUUAUUAUCGCGGCAGUUAGUAAGCCAAUCAUCGGCGCUGAUUUUCUGAAGUACCACCAAUUGCUCGUCGAUCUUGACGGACGAUGUCUGAUUGAUAAGAAAACCAACCUUGCUGUCAGAACUCCGAUUUGUAAGACCUCGCAGCCGACGAUCUGCAGCAUUGAUCUCGAACAAAAAUAUCAUCACAUUCUCAAUGAAUUUCCCGAUAUUAUAAGACCAUCUUCAAUGAAGAGCGCUCCCAAGCACAACGUCGAGCACUACAUUGAGACUAAUGGAGCUCCCGUACAUGCACGCCCACGCCCGCUCCCGCCACACCGGUACCUUGCAGUCAAAAAGGAAUUUGAUCACAUGAUUGAGCAACAGUCCUGUCGACCUAGCAAGAGCCCCUGGGCAAGUCCACUUCACGUUGUGCCUAAGAAAAAUGGCGACAUACGAGUCUGCGGAGAUUAUAGACGGUUAAACUCUGUCACAAAACCCGAUCGUUACCCCGUUCCUCGACUAAGAGAUUUUACCUACCAACUUCACGGUAUGAAUAUUUUUAGUACGAUCGACUUGAACCGGGCGUAUCAACAGAUUCCUAUGCACAAAAAUCAUAUCGACAAAACCGCUAUAAUUACGCCAUUCGGUCUUUUUGAGUUUCCGAUGAUGAGAGAAGGUUUAAAAAAUGCUGGACAGACAUUUCAAAGAUUUAUUCAUCAAGUCCUUGCUGGUCUAGAUUAUGUUUUCCCCUUCAUCGAUGAUAUAAUCAUUGCAUCAAAGGACGCGAAGACUCAUGAAAAUCACCUCCGGACAGUCCUACAACGACUGAACGAAUACGGUGUCACAAUCAACCCCUCAAAAUGCGUGUUGGGUCAAGAAUCUGUCAAGUUCCUCGGCUACACAGUAACACCGCACGGAAUUAAACCACCAGAAGACAAAAUUCAAAUUAUUAACAGCUACCCAAAACCUGAAAACAUCGAACAACUACGAAGGUUUCUUGGAAUGGUCAACUUUUACCACGACAGCAUUCCCAACGCAGCACAAAUUCAAACGCCAUUAAACUUUUUUUUGCAUAACUGCAAGAAACGCGAUAAAACUGUCAUACAGUGGAACCCUGAAGCGGAUGAGGCAUUUGAGGCAUGCAAGAAAGCUAUAAACCAUGCUGUGAUGCUCGCCCACCCUUCUCAUAGCGCGCCUAUAGCUCUUUUUUGUGACGCUAGCGACCAGAGCGCGGGAACCAACGCACGCCCACCACCCUCGCCCGUCUCGUCCGUCUCCUCACAAUCAUCGGGCGAUGAAUUCGCCACUGCGCCCGAUACCAGCGAGUCGAGCGACGAGUGCGGGCCGCCGCCGCCUCCGCCACGACCACCAGCGCGACGCGGGCGGCCACCGCUGCCGGCUCUCUCUGCUCGCGCAGCCUCCACCUCGGUGCGAGACCCGCCCGCCACAUCGCCGGAUCCGGUGCCGGCACCCGACCAGGCCCCGGAGGCGCCGCGGGUAGAUCUCUGUGCCGACGAGGAGGAGUUCGCGCAGAGUGAACAUUACGAUCUGCCUGAUCUUUCGAUCGGCCGUCGACAUAUUGAUUGUGCCGCCUCGCUGCUAUACGGCGAGGUCCCAGGAACGCCGAAGUAA